GGAGUUAUGAGACUGAGGAGGAAUAAGUGCUGUUGAGAAUUUGUGUCUCUGAAAAUAAGUCCUCGAUCACAAAAUUCGUCCUUCGAGAAUAUAUACAAGACCGUCCAUACUUCAGCAAUAAGACUGGGCGACUAGUGUCUAUCUGCUAACCAGCUGUCUGGUUCAACAACUCACGAUGAUUGAAAAUGGCAAGAGAGACUUUGAGGAAGAUGAAGUGUCUCCUUCUGACGGUGAAAAUGUUCAUGCGCAUAUAGAUAAUGAAGAUGGCGCCUCUCAUGAGAGCAAGAAGCCCCGUAAAGCAUAUCAGUACAGUCACGCAACGGUCAAAACCGGCUGUAACAGUUGCAAAACCAGACGAGUUAAAUGCGAUGAAACAAAGCCUGCUUGCAUGAGAUGUCAAAAUUUUGGACGUGUCUGCGAUGGAUAUCCAGCUUUUAAUGAGCGAUGGAAGCCAGAAACCCAAAUGAUAGCUGUCUCAACGUCCGUCUUGCCUACAUAUCAAGAGAAUUCAAAUCCCGAGGCAUUUCAUCUCUUACGAAACAUUGAUCAUGUACCACAAAACGACCCUAUGGAGAGAACCUUUCCUCCAUCUGAAGAAACAUGGUACGAAUGGGAGAGUCCUUUGAUGAAGCUACCAUCAAUCAACGAGUUGCCUGAAGGAUCUCCAAUGAACGAUUCUCGUCCACCAGUUCCUCUUGUGAACAGGAGUUCUUGGGAAUCCACCCACAUACCUCAAGAUGGUGCUUCUUCUACAUCACAAAACGCACAAGCAACUGACUUUGAGACUUUGGAAUCGACUUCCUCCUAUGACAAUAUUUCACGGAUAGAUAAUCCAUUACAAGAAACAUCAAAUAAAUGGGAUACAAAUUCACUUGAUACAUUUAGUGAUCUUUGGAUGCCCUUUACGAAACAAGAAAUCCCACAAUAUGAUCUUUCACAAUCAUCUAAAGCGGACAUGAGAUGGGAUAACAUCGGUUCAGAACACGAAUUUGAUAAAGUUAUUCGACGGCGAGAUAGACAGGCUUAUGAAAGAGAACAUGUCAAAGUCAAUAAGGAGAAUAUCUCAUCCUCCUUGAAUACAGCUAACAUCAUGAAGAAGCCUAUCCCCCCCGAAAAAUUCGAACGCACCUUGGCAUUGUAUAGCGAGUUUCGGAUGGAAGAAAAGAGGGCUUGUUCCUCCUCGACUCCAAACAAUGAUUUUAUGCUAAAUGAGUCACCCUUUUUCGAUAAAACCUCGGACUAUUCUUCGGUGGCGUCGCUUGACAGUUCCAGUAUAGCAUCCGUAAUAUCUAGGCCAGGAAGCGCCCAAAGUAACGUCAUAUCACAAAGACGUAGAAAAAGGUUCAGCCCUCUGGCGAAACGAAAGACUGCUUUUCUUCGGUAUCUGGGAGCCUGUCAAAAUUGCCGGGCUCGCAACAUUAAGUGUUCUUUAGAUCAUCAUGAUCUUGAAGCCGUUGAAAUUGCCUACCAAAAUGCAAGCCUUGAUGGUAAAUCAACAACAGAUCAUCGUGAGGAAGAGCUCAUCUCAAAAUGGCACAUGGGACACAUCAACAACAACAAAGACUUCAAAAAGUCAAACGAUACAUUGAAGUAUAUAUCCGGCGAUAAGACUACUUUGAACCCCACACAUUAUUCGAAUAACUCUGCUCUCAUCCCAGCUUUUACUGGCGGUCCAGGUUCUCUCUCAGAUGCUCUGCUUCAAGAUCAUCAACCGUUUGACCGCAGCAAUAAUUCCACGAUUUUGACCGAUAAGGAGUGUGAAAUUGGUUCCCCCAACGUCCCUCCUAUUGAUACUGACGAAAGUGAUUCAAAAAUUUGGAAAUAUAAUGAUUUUAUCACACAGCCUCGCCCACAUGCAAUAUCUUCAGACAAUAUAUUCAAUAACAUUGAAUACCUUGAUAAUCAAAUGAUGAAUCAACAAAAUUCCCUAGUAUACACCACUAACGAACUAGAAAUGUACUCUAGUGAUGGUCCAUUGCCAACAACUUCCCAGGGUCCUGAUGUUCCCGAAAUUGUUCAAAACUCUCAGGAGCGAUUGAGCUUUCUCGAGCAAUUCAGUGGAACACUUGAGCCACCAAAAGAUUCUAAUUUUCUAUUUCAUCCUCCCUAUCUAGUCAUGCCACUGUACCCGGAGAUGGAACACAACAGGAGAUUUUCAACGGAACUUAAAGGAGAUCGAAACACAAAUGACUGGGACUUGCAAUCAAUCAGAUCCAUUAACACAUAUCGAGAUAGUGGACUGGGUUCGAGCCUACCAUCCCAAGGAUCUGAUUCAAUCACUCAAGAACUCCCUCAAGCAGCAAAAGAAGAGAUUUUAACAAUCAUCCGCACCGAUUCCGAGUUCCAGUUGAGUCUUUCGAACAUUGCUUCCAAGAUUUCCAAACCACGAUUCAUUCGGAACAUUCGACGAUUACUUCAAUUUUUUAUUCUUGACCUCCGAAAAACCGUUACCGAUACUCGAGAAAAGGAUGCCGUUAACAUCCUUGAACGACAUGCACUAUGGUUUGCAACUAGGCUUUUUGACUUUUCAAAUCCUAAUAGAGAUUCAGACUCACUUACCAUGGCUUCAUAUUUGGACCAGCAAAUCGAUAAAAGGUUGCUUCUUGAGCAAUACUUGGCAUCGAGUCUGGGCACUAAGCUAAGUGAAGCUCAAAUAAGAGACGGGGCGGAGAAAAUAGAUGCUUCCGCAAUGGAAGUUGACGAUUUAAUCGAUAUUGAUUACUCAAAUUUUCCAAAUGUGGAACACAUCAAGCAAUUCAUCAGCGGAGGCUCGGCUUUUGAAGUUCUGCGACUCAACACAUCUCAAUUUGCAAGAAAUGAGUUGCCAGACCCUUCCUCGGAAAAUACAAGGCUCCAUAUUGAUCAACAGACCUCCUCUCACCUCAAAGCCAACCGCAUCAGUAAUUUUCAACAAUUUAGAUUGAUCUUGGCAAAGCAAGCGAGAAUUGUGUUAAUUAUUCAAAGAUUUCUCAAACUGAUGAGAGUUCAUUCAAUUGUUCAUUCAUAUUCUGCUGUGUACCAAGAAAAGCCCGGUGUCCUCGAAAUUGUAUCAAAUCCUUUUGAUAACAAUUCGUCGAAUGAAACUUCAGAAACAACCCCAGAUAUAUCGAUCACUACAUCUGGUGAUAUCGAGUCUGACACAAGCGGCACAGACUACGAUUCUGACGACCUUCCGGAUGAUCCAGAACUUUCCGCUUCGGCAGAAGAACGAAUAACAAACCCAAAGGCUUAUUUUGAGAAAUUAGAAUCCUUGGAACUGCGAAUGUUCAGCAAUUCAGGACUUUUUAUCCAUAAAACUGGCGAUUCUACAGGUCCAGCCCAGGAUGAAGCAUUACUUUGCCUUCCGAAAUCAGAGCACUAUAAGUGUCAUACUGAUUCUCUUUUGGAUAUCAUUAAAUCUUCAGGGUCUGGGCUUCUUCUAGAAUUUCUUGUCUGUCAUAACAGAGCCUACAGAGCUGGUGAUAAUCUGACCACGCUCCAAGAGCAUGGCUAUUGUGCGAAGCAUAUCUCUAUGUUAGUACAAGAUCAGCAGAGAGCUGAAGUCGUGAGAGUUAUUCAAAUUGAGAUACAAACUAUAUUAGAUUUGGUGGAAGUUUUCAAAAAUUUCAUGGGUCUAUUACUGGCUAGUUUCACUUCCGGUUCAUUUUACAACACCUCAACUACGGACGAGCUCGAUCGACUAAUCAAAGAAUCUGGCGACUCGUCAAAUCUAACCCAGAAAUGCCUUGAAGUCCUGGAUAUAAUAUCAAUCUCAUCAUCAAAUGAUAUGUGGAGCCGGCCAUUAAACGGCUUCGUUUGGCAACUUACAACUCAAGUCAUUGAACUAGCAAUUUUAUCAUACGCUGGCGCUCAUAUUCAACCUUUCGAUACAGAGUUGAUGGAGAAGGGUAUCCCAUCAUUCCAUCUUCCACAGCAGUUCAAGUAUCACGAUAAUACUCUAAAUCGAUUUGAAGGUCCGUCCUUCUCAACUUUAGGUGGAUUAGGUGUCAAAAUAUGCCGUCGACAAUUACAAUGUAUGGACAGGUUCUUAGGAAGGAAGCAGCCAUGGGUUUUCCAUCCCUUCAAUCAUGGUUCUCCUGAUCCCAGGAUACGCUUGUUUCUAUCGUCAACAAUCGAGGCUCUAACAGAUCUUUGGGGUCCGUCUUGGAAAAUUAUGAAAAGCUCCUUGACAAAUGAGAUCAAGCAAUAUGAUAUCGGGAAUGGUGCAAUCAUUCCAUGGAAAACUCGAGAAGCCGGGAAUGACACCCAUCUGAUCCCUUUGAACUCAGAAGUCUUUUGUCACUGGAUACCAUUCAGGAGUUGGAACGAAGAUGAAGUUGAGGUAAACCAGGAACUGUUACCGAGACAAUAUCUUUUAUCUUCCGACAUUUUAUUGAUUGGUGCACCCACCGAUUAUGGUCUUGUCGUCAAUAAAAAGUGUAUUCCAUCUCCCGAACGCAUUUUACAAAUCAAAAGUCGAUUGUCGGAUCAACAAGCUCUUCGCCAGCCCAAUACUUCUCGUGCUAGGCGAUAUGUCGAUUCACAUGCGAUUCAGAUACAGGGAAGUGCUAUGGGAUUUAUCUCUGGAUCAGGCCAAGUAACUUACAAGCGGAGAAUUGGGCACACAAUGAAGGAUUCUUUAGUGGAGCGAUGGCGACAUGGUUUACGAAAUCCCGUCGACCUUGAAGCCUUUUCUGGAGUUGAGGUAUCUCUCUGUUCACGUAAUGCUCGACGUCGAAGACUACUAAAUAUUCUUGCGUCUGAUACUAUGAUUAAUUAUCUUCAUGCCAUUUCCUUCACAUGGGAUAAAGGGGUCUGCGAAGCUUCAUACUUCAAAGCAUUACGCUGUCCAAAGUCAUUUCGAAAAUUUUGGAAAGCACAUAAAGAUUGGCAGACAAACAUUGGUGAUGCAAUUUCCAAAUGCUUGGAUGCGCUAGAAGAAACAGGCAUUGAUGAGGACAAUCAAGAAUUAAGUGCUUUUUGGGUUGAAUCUUUUGAUACAGAGGGAGAUUCAGAUGGGGAGGAUGAUGACAAUUCUGUUGGACAGCCCGACUUGACUAAAGAUAACGCUACUGGCGGCGGUAUUCAAUCGGUAGUACAAAAUAGCAUUGCCAGCGGACUUCCAACCCCACCAAAUAGUUUAGUUUCAUUGGACUUGGACAAAUUUUUUGAGGAAUGGGUCGUUACAUUAUUUCGAUCCGAACAUACAUGGACAGGAUUUUUAGAGGACUCUGAAGAAUCAUCAACCAUGGUAGUUGUUGGAAAGGAAUGUCUUGAUUUUCACGACCAAGAUGGCUUCGGACGCUGUUGUUUCCUUGCAGCGAAAACCAAAGGAUACUCUGUUCUACAAACCUCACUACAAAUUAAUGAAUCACUUCUUUCCAAUUGUUCGGCAAAGCUUAAACAAGAAAAAGUUGACAGUUGUAAGACUGUUUGGAAUGCACAAGAAUUGAAGAGGGGAACCACAUUUUGUUUGGGUAAUCAUGGAACACUAGAAGUUAUAUCUGGGUCUUCAAAAUUAUGUCCAACGGUAGUAGAGUGGAAGGGAGUAAAAGGUGGAAAAACUGUUGGAGGGAUAUUGAAAGAGGUAAAAAAUGUAGGUGUUAACGAAAAUUUACUUGGAAAGGGCACCGAGAAACAUCACAAAGAGUUUAUAAGGGGAUGUUGGAAAGUUAAGCCAUUGCCAGUUUUGGUAAUGAGUAAAAGUACAAAGGUUAGAUUUGGGAAAGAUUAGAUGAUGGAAGGUCAUGUCGCCAUAUACAUUUUUGAUACCUCUUCCUAUCUCUCACACCAAUGUCGAGGUAUCAUUUUCAUUCUCCAUUACCUUUCAUUUUCUUUUUGCCCGAAUGCAAUGUCAUCUCUUCAUCAACAAUCAUUCCAUCUUUUCCACAUUAGGUCUCUUUACGGCCUCCCUCCCUUUAAACAACAAUUCUAUGCCUCGCCUUUUUUUCAUCUCCUGAACGAUAAUCUAAAGUCUCGUAGAAAGCCCUUCUACUUCCUCGUCUCUAUGUAUACCAUCGUUAAUCACCAUUAUUCGCUGUCCUUGGAAAUCCUGAUAGAUAAUUGAUUAAGUUUUUUUUUGCGAACAAUGCAAUAUUUGCGACGUGUUCUCCAUUAUUAAAGUUAAGUAAUCCAGCUUUUUCGGCCA